AUGAGGGUUGGCAAGAGGGUGCUACACGUCUCCUCCGCAUUGAGCGAACCUCCGCGGGUUCGUCCGCGGGCGCUUCCCAAGGGUGCAGAUCUCAACACAGGAGCCCGUGGCAAGUCAAGAGACGCCUUGCUCGAGGAGCAGGCGCAGCAGGCGGCUAAGUCAGCAGCCUUGGGCUCCCGCUACGACCCCAUAGAGGCGGAAAAGUACUUCAACCUACGAACGUUGGACGUGUGGCGUCGGGACAUGCAGAUCUCAGUGCCGUUCACGACUUUCCUCGGCCAGGUCCUCCUGGACUUCCAGCGCGGCGUGGAGAAGGCGAACCGACCCAGGAGGGCCAAGGAGUUCAUGGAGCUCAUUGCGAACUUGGGCCCUGCCUUCAUCAAGGCCGGGCAGGCCCUCUCCUCCCGUCCCGAUCUCCUUCCUCCUGAGUACCUCCAGGAGCUUCAGAAGCUGCAGGAUCGCCUGCCCCCCUUCCCCAACGAAGUCGCGUUCAAGAUCAUCGAGGACCAGCUCGGGAUGAAGCUGCAAGACAUCUUCGAGCGGGUGGAGCCCGAGCCCGUCGCCGCAGCGUCCAUCGGGCAGGUGUACAAGGCUUACCUCAAGACAGGAGAGGCGGUGGCGAUCAAAGUGCAGCGUCCGGAGUGUGAGGAGGUCAUUGCGCUGGACAUCUACAUCCUCCGAGAGCUCAGCGGGACGCUGAGCCAGAUGAUCAAGCUGCUCAGGAGGGACCUGGACCUUCGGUCCGUGGUGGAGGAGUUCGGGAAGCUCAUCUACGAGGAGAUCGACUACCUGCAGGAGGCGAGGAAUGCAGAGCGGUUCGCGGAGCUCUACGGGAACAACCCGGACAUUUAUGUACCCAAGAUCUUCUGGAGGUUCUCAAGCAGGAAGGUGCUGGUCAUGGAGUGGGUUGAGGGAGUUCGUCUCACUUCCCCCCUCGUCUCCGAAAAGGACAAGACAAGGCUUGUCCGGGCGAUGGUCCAGUGCUCCCUGCAGCAGAUGCUUGAGAAGGGUUUCUUCCAUGCUGACCCCCACGGAGGGAACCUGCUUGCUACGAGCGACGGGAAACUCGUCUACCUCGACUUCGGCAUGAUGUCGGAGGUGGAGCCGUACCAGCGCUAUGGCAUCUUGGAGGCAGUAAUCCAUAUGGUCAACCGAGAUUUCAACUCCCUCUGCAAGCUCUACGUGCGCCUUGGUUUCAUCCCGCCGGGUACGGACGUGCAGCCGAUCGAGGAUGCACUGACAAAGGCGCUCCCGGACGUGCUGGGCUCCUCCGUCGAUACGUUCAACAUCAAGAACGUUAUUGGAGAGCUCGGCGACGUGAUGUACAAGUUCCCCUUCAACCUGCCCCCCUACUACACCGCCAUUGUGCGAUGCCUCGGAGUGCUGGAGGGGCUUGCGAUCCAGGUGGACGGAAAGUUCCGCAUCAUCAACGACGCGUAUCCCUACAUUGCCAGCCGCGUCCUUACCGACUCGCAGCUCCAGGAUGCUCUGGAGUACAUGGUGCUGACGAGGGAGCGGAAGGUGCGAUGGCAGCGGCUGGAGAACCUGUUGCAGUCGGCGUCCGACUUCGACGAGUGGGACCUGUCGCAGGCCUCGAGGCUUUUCAUUGACUUUCUUUUCUCGGAGGAGAACGAGCAAGUUCGAGAAAAUAUGGUGCGUCCGUCUCCCUCCCUCUCCCCUCCUUCCUCCUUCUCCUUCCUCCCUCCUUCGCCCCCCUUCCUCCAUUCUUCUCGUCCUCGUUCUUCCUCCUCGCCUCCAUCUAUUCCUAUCCUCCUCUGUCCUUCUUCCACCAGUUCCCUUCAUGCUAACCCCGCGCCAUCUCAGCUCCUUACUUCUCUGCCAGGUGGACGACCUGACUGA